CUGUCCAAAAUGGCGGAGAUUUUGACAUUGGAGGAAAAUGAAAUAGUUACACAAAAAAGUGAUACUGACGCCAUUAAUGAGCAGCCAAAAGACGAAGAAAGAAUAUUGCCAGAGAUCACGGACAAAACAGAAACUGUCCAAGUGGAAGAUGCUAGUGAAGUAAAAAUUGUCAUGGAAGACAUUGAAACUACAACUCAAGAGCCAACCGUCAACAAUGUUGAUAAACAAAUGCUUGUUACCAAGCAACAGUCACACAUCACCAAUAGUGGUCUGAGAGUGACCAGCAGUCAAUCAAGUGUGGUACGUCCUGCCCCGCCUGCAUACACAAGCAAAAGUAGAACCGAGACCACAAAACUUGGACGAAAAGGCAAAAGGAAGUUUGAUGCCAGCCAAGGUGCUUCCGCAACCAAGAAAUCGAAAGGGGAAACUGCCCAACAAAGACUACCGAUCCACGGUUAUCCAUUGGAACAUCCAUUUAAUAAGGAUGGCUAUCGUUACAUAUUAGCAGAGGAGGACCCCAACGCACCCAAGUCGAACUUCGACGUGGAAUCGUGGGCGGGAAAACCGAUUCCUGGAGAGUUAUACCGCGUCGCUUUGCAUCACAAAGUUUAUCUUGCUUCGCACGACCGAGCACCUCAAGUAAAGAUGUCUGAAGAUCGACUGUCUGUUACCGGAGAUAAAGGUUACAGUAUGGCGAGAGCAACUCAUGGUGUUAAUCGUGGAAAUUGGUUUUUUGAAGUGACGGUAGAGGAUAUGCCUGCAGGCUCUGCAUCGAGGAUUGGAUGGUCGCAACUUUACGGCAAUCUUCAAGCUCCAUUAGGUUAUGAUAAAUUUGGCUAUAGCAUUCGGAGUAGAAAGGGGACAGUCUUUCAUCAGAGUCGAGGAAAGCACUAUAGCGAUGGUUAUUCCAAGGGAGAUGUCAUUGGAAUUUUCAUUAGUUUACCCGAGGAGAACCGUUUAGCAGCCUCGUUUCUUCCUCCAACUUACAAAGCCAACGCACUGAUUAAAUUUAAAGGAUUUCUUUACUAUGAAGAGAAGGAUCGCGUCGAUCAGACGGAAAAGGAACUCACGCCGCUUGAAGGCAGCAAGAUUGUAUUCUAUCAAAAUGGCGAAUCAAAGGGUGUCGCCUUUGAGAAUGUUUACACCGGUACUUACUACCCAGCGGUAUCGCUGUAUAAAAAUGCUACGGUGUCGGUGAAUUUCGGACCGCAUUUUAAGUUUCCUCCCAAAGACGUGGAGUUUAGAUCGCUUUCAGAAAAGCCAGAAGACUUGUUCAUGGAGCAGUCGUUGAGUGAUUUGAUCUUCAAUGUCGAUUUUCUAAACAAUCCAACGGACUCCUUGGAAAAACUUCCACUGUACGCAAACAUGAAGAAGAAAUGAAAGCAACGAAAUAGGAUACGUUAGACCAAACACUCGCGAACGAUAUUUAAAACUUGCAAAUGAGAAUGAAUGUAGAUAUAAGUUGUGAUUUCUCGAUUGAAUUUAAAGCCCUCCCAAAAAACUAUGACGAGGGUCCUUUUUCCUGUGUUUAUUUUACUAAGUUAUUGGAAACUUUCCUCUGCCUAGAAAUAAAGUCAACCAUUACUGAUGAGGUGUUUGCUUUUUGGUUACAAAGUUUCAGACACCGUCAGAAAGUAUAAUUUAAGGUUCCAAGUGUUUGACAUCAAUAACAAAAAACGAUGGAAGUUUGGACGCAAAAGUAAUCAAAAUGUUAAGAAUGAUAUUCGGUGUUUCCUGAAAAGACAGUUAAAGGAAUAAGGAAGAACAAAGGUAAAAAUAGCGUAGGAAAAGUUGUGCAACAAAGUAAACUGAGAACGAAUUUUUGCGUGAAGAAGAAAGAACGAAGAAACCACUAAAUGGAGGAAUGAAGGAGAGGUAGAGGGCGACUGGAAACUUAAAGAAAAAGAUCCUCCGGGGCCGAAUGAAGUAGAGAAAAGGGAUCAUCACUAUCAACCGUGUAAAAGAUAUGGUGUUGUCAUAGAAGAAGAAGAACUUAUCAUUAUAUAUGUGUAUUGUCUGUGAGCAUUUUUGAAUAUGGCACAGGGCGAGACCCCACUGUAAAACACUCAAGUUAUGUGCUCAUCGUCGUGAAAAAGAAAAAAGAAAAUAAACUUUGUUCUAAAAUGCUUAUAAUUUCUCAUUGAUGGUUGCUUUUGAUUGGUCAAGUCUGAAAGCCAUGGCAACGAGAUCUAAAACGUGCUUGUCGCGGGGUCUUUUCUUUUUUUAUCGUGACUCGUGUCCAAACGAAUUAAUGAAGUUGGAAUUUGAGAUUACUGUGUAAAGAAAUGCUUUCUUAGAGUUUUAGUUUUAUCCUUGUCAGAUUCCAGGCUUUCUCAAGUUGAAAACUACGCGGAGUGCUCGAAAUAAAUAAAAGAAAAGGAGUUUUAAUUCCUUUAUUAAACAAAGGCAGCGAUGGCAACAUGGCGCCGUAGACACUUCACAAAGUCGUCUGGUAUUAAAACUGGCUAUUAAAGUGGAGUUGCUAGGAUGUGUAAUGUAUUGGGUCUGAACUUUGAAGAGAUAGAUUUGGAUGGCACUGUGAACGUUGAACAGUUGAAGCUGUGAAUGAAGAAUGAAGAAUGAAAACUCACUGACGGUAAAACUGGUAUACUGUAGAACCUGUGUUGUGAAAAGCGCGCCAAAUUAUUUACAGGCUUUUUGCUAUCGCAAAAUAUCUAGCGUUAAAAAAUUACUGCCAAAGUUACUUUUGAGCAUGAUAGCAUUUGCAAAUGAUUUUAAAAAGUUUCGUCUUUAUGCAUGGGUAAACUUUACAAGAGACUAGAAGUGCCUAGUAAGGAUCCAAGAUGGUGCUCAAAAUUGUCCGAAUGUUGCGUAAUGUCUUAGAUAAACCACCUGCUUUUCUGAUAUUUUGUGUAUAAGUAUGAGUCUUGAUAAAGGAGAAAAUUUACUUUGAAAAAUCUUUAAAACAUACUCCGAAUAAAAGGUGCAUGUUUAACUUUAAUAUUUGACAAACAAACAAGACAGUUUUUAAUGCAGUAAUAUUUUAAAUUUAUUGCAAAUUCAUCAUCAGACUCCUCUAUUUGUUUGAACCAUUCGUUUUGAAGGUGAUAAGAAUGACAAUUUAGAUUGUGGAAUUUUUGAAAAGUUAGUACUACAGUUAAACUUUAAUUCCUACGAUCGCAUAGCUCAUUUUUAUUUACAUAUUAAAAUCUCCUUACCAAGCAUGCAAAAAUUGCAAGAGUACAUGUUAAUCCCCUGUAAAAGGACAAUCCAAAAGUAAAAAACGAAAACAGCUUCUCCUGUUCUCCAGGAUAGGUUUUGCAAUUUUCCUGCUGUAUAGCAAAGAUAAAUAAAUAAAUAGAUAAAUAG